AUGAAGAUCUUAGGAACGCUUCUGGCCAUGGUGGCCACAGUGAUUGCACAAAAUUUCGGUCCAGUUCAUCCCUUAGCAGAGCAACCACAAUACGCACCAGUCCAGCCAUUGAUACCGUUCAAUGUCGCCCCGGACGGAUUCUAUGGUUACAACCCCUACACCAACGGCGUAGGACUAGGACCUCAGCAAGUUCCACCGAUGAUCCCGGCCUACAACAACUUCGCUCAUCUUCCAUACCAGUUCCCCGUCGCUUACCCUCAUCCGGCUUAUCCCAACCCGGCUUAUCCUCAAUAUCCCGUCUUCCCACAAUUCCCGCAGCUCUUUCCUCAACAGCUACAGCAACUCCCCAGCCCCUUCCAACCAGCCCUCCAUCCGGCUUUUCCCCAACAGAUCAUCCAACAUAGUGCACCUCAACCGAAUGCAGCCGCCGUACUGUAUAACAACUACCAAACUCAACUACCUCCUCAGCAGCCACUGACACCAGCCAUUGCCCAGGUUCAAGGCGUGAACGGACUAACGAAGCCAGUGACCACUCCAUUCGGGAGCGGCAACCAAGCGUAUGGAUCCGCGUUUGGAAAGUACGUGGCAGUUCCUGCGUCCACCUCAAACAAAUCAGCUCGAUAUGAAGCCGUCAGCGGAAGUACAGUGCAUACCGCUACCCUACCGGGGCACGAAAUGGACUACAAAGUUGUUAGUGGGCAACAAGAUGCUGCUGCUGCUACCACAGUUCCCGGAAUGCAGUGA